CCAAGCCGUCCAUCAGCUUCAUCGCGCAUUUAGAGCUCAUCAUGAGUUCACCAACUGUUGAGAUGAUGGCGGGGUAUAUAAGGACAAGGGAAUACCUCUCCUCUAACUCUCCAUCAAACAUUCAAUCAUCUCUCUUCUACAAACAACAUCUCCACAAUGAAAGGAUCUCUUUUCACAGCUGCCGCCAUCGCGACCAUUGCCUCCAACAUGGUUGCUGCAGUCCCCGGCACAGUUCAUCUUGAUGUGACGCGCAAAUUCAACUCGUCUCCCAAGAUCAUCAAGCGCGACACCGAAGGCACCGCGGAAGUCACUCUUCACACCCCCAGCGAUAUGGCGUCUAUGCUGUACUUUGCCGAGCUUCAAGUCGGCACCCCUUCCCAGACUGUCUACGUUGAAGUCGACACUGGGUCGUCUGACUUGUGGAUCAACAGCGCUUCCAAUGCGUACUGUGCUACCAAUAUCUCCAAAUGCGCAGAAUACGGCACUUUCGACGCCAACAAGUCGUCUACCCUGACAUUUGGAGACGACUAUAUCAAUGCCACUUACGGCGACGGAACCAACGCGCAAGGCCCAUAUGUCCAUGACAUCGUUGAAAUGGGUGGACUAUCGCUCACCAAUGCGACUUUCGGAUUGGUCGAGAGUAAGAAGGAUAUGGGAAUUCUAGGGGUCGGUUAUGAAACGAUUGAAGGCGCGCAUAAAGCGCCUUACAGCAACUUCCCGGCUCUUAUGGUCGAGCAGGGUCAUAUCGCAUCUCGUGUCUACUCGCUUUAUAUCAACGACUCUGCUUCUGAGACUGGGUCUUUUCUUUUUGGAGGCAUCGACCGCGCAAAGUACGAGGGUGAUAUGGUCGAGCUUCCCUUCCAGCUGCAAGGAAUCUUACCUGUCUUCACAAAAUUCUUGGUCAAUCUCGGGAGCAUAAAGUUCUCGAGCGGCAGCAAGACCGUGACGGUCGGAAACGUCAACUCUGUCGCUCUCCUUGACUCUGGCACAUCCAUGACCUACUUGCCCAACGAAAUCCUUGACUAUCUCGUCAGUGAUCUUCACUUGGCCUCUUACGACAAGAAACUUGAUGCUAUCGUCGCUCCUUGCAGUGCUCGCGACCGGACUGAUACGCUUGACUUUGGCUUCGAAGGUCUGACUAUCCAUGUGCCGAUGAGAGACCUGUAUUAUCCCGAAUGGAAUGAUGAUGGCACUCCCAUGACAGACGCCGAUGGCGAUCAAAUUUGUUGGUUCAGAGUGUUGAGCACCGAUCUGUCCGGAGGAGUGGUUCUCGGCGAUUCUUUUCUCGCUUCAGCUUAUGUUGUUUACGACCUUGACAACAACGUCGCAGGCGUGGCUCAGGCUAAAGCCAAUGUGACUGAGUCUGACAUCGUGGCCGUUGGCUCUGGAAAGAAUGCUAUCCUCAAAGCGAUCGGCGCGUCUACUUCCAACUCAGCCUCUUCUACCUCUGUCACUAGCACCAUCACCUCUGCUCCUUCUGCUACCCACACCACCCUUGUCCGAUCGGUCAUCAACCACAACACUGCGCUCUACAAUUCGACCUCCAAUCAUACCGCCACAAACGCCACUUACACAAGCAGCACACCGACUGCUUCGGCUAUGACUGGCGGGGCGGGAUCUCUAUACUAUUCGCAUGCAUCUUUGGUUUCGCUUGUCGCAGCAGUGAUUAUUUCGGUUUUUGUUUUGUAAAGCAUAUUGGGGGAGCGAUUUGUGUACAUAUUUGAUAUUUUGCAUUGCAUUCUUGGGCGUUUAUCGGUUUUCUAGACAUUUGUACAUUAUUCAAUAGCAUAUGACUUCUACUCAAUGAUUCCUUUUGAUCUCACAGGAAAUAAAAUUAGUAUGAUCAUAAUAAUAUAAUCAAAACGUCGUAAAGAUAUCGGAAAUAAACCGUGCCCAACUCCAAGUCUGUCAACUAGCGUAGUGCUU